CGGCCUGCAUGGACACAUCUAACAUGAACUCCUUUGUGGAAUACUCCAUUUGUAACCGACCGGGGACCGGCGCUUACUCUGCGCCCAAAUCUGGUUACCAUCACCAUCAUCAUCUGCAUCACCAUCACCAUCCUCUGGAUCAGCAUCAGGGCUUCCCGGUGACAUCCGGCACCUUCCACACGGGCCACAGCGGCUCCCCAGCUCCCAUUAACGUGUCAAGAAGUGACACCAGCACCGGGGAAGCCAGUUACACCGGGGAUGGGCGGCUGUACGUGGGCACCGGAGCACCAACGGGCGCUGGAGGAGCGCACGGGACCACAGGGUCGGCCCAGCAUCAUCAGCAACAUCAUCAUCAUCAUGAACAGCAGACGCAUAACAGUUACCAUCACCAUCCUCAUAUUCACCAAACUCAAAGCUUACAAAGCGGAAUAUUGUCUUCAUAUAGUAACGGGAAUACCGGCAACACCGGGGCCUAUGCGGCCCAGGCGUGCGCCACAAACUCGGAGUAUGUUGCAGCGACGGGCCCUCACAACACCGUUCACCCUCAGUAUUUCAUGGAGGAGUCUGUGUCCUCCACCUACUAUCAUCAAUCAACCUUCACCACCUCGGCCCCCACCGUCGGCCCCAGCUACGGGGCCCUGGCCGCGGCCUACUGCGGGCCUCAGGGCGCCCUAGCCGGGUCUCAGUACCCGCAGCAGCUUGGCGGGGGUCUGGACGCAGCGGGCUACCUGGGGCUUCCACAGGGGGGAGGUUACGGGGAGCUGCCGGUCUCCCAGGACCGAGAGAGGGAGGACGAGGAGGGCCAGCAGGCCGGGCAGGGGCAGACCUUCGACUGGAUGAAGGUGAAGAGGAACCCGCCUAAAACAGUCAAAGUGUCGGACUUCGGCCUCGCGGGCGCGCACAACAACGCCAUGCGCACCAACUUCAGCACGCGGCAGCUGACGGAGCUGGAGAAGGAGUUCCACUUCAGCAAGUAUCUAACGCGGGCGCGGCGCGUGGAGAUCGCCGCCACGCUCGAGCUCAAUGAGACGCAGGUGAAGAUCUGGUUCCAGAACAGGCGCAUGAAGCAGAAGAAGCGCGAGCGGGAGGGCGCCUCCGCCACGGCGCGCUCCUCUUCCUCCUCCUCCUCCUCCUCCGGUUCUUAUGAUACCGGUGCCGGCAGCGGUUUCAACAAGGAACUCGAGGACACCGACCACUCCUCCGCGUCCACGUCUCCAGGCGCGUCCCCGAGCUCUGAGACGUAGUAGAAUAUUGGUUCUCCAGAGCAGACGCUGUGAUGCUGUGGAAAACAGGUGGCCUUCAGUUAUGUACUAAUGAGAGACAGAAUACUUAAUGCAUUCCGUGUUGUGCGUUAUACUACUUAGAGGAAAAUCAACCCUCCAAUCAUCAGCCUCCCUCAUCUACUUCUGCUCUGACUUCCUACAUGUCCCAGAAUUCCCUUUGACAACUCACACAUUCAGCGUGUGGAGAGAAAAACUUACCUUGACCAAAUCUCAUCUAUUGCUGCCUCUCUGGGCACUGACAUUAUUAGCCAGAUGGUUUUUUUUUUAUGGAGUGAAAAUGAUUUUUUUUUCUUUAAAUAUAACAACUGCAGUGAUCUGGUUGGAAAUCAAAGAGCAUUAAUGCUGGAUACUAAAAAGAGACAGUUACCCCACUUUAGUGGAUAUUGUGACUGCACUAUUGUAGUGACAGAUUAGGGGACCUACUAUGAGGAAACCAACACAAGCAAAAUGAUGCGAUAUGGUUGUUGGUGAUGCAAAAUGCCCCCAGUUUGAGGGAAAUAAUAGAAAAUACAAUAAUGAAACAAUAAACCUCCCUUCAAUUAUCUGGGAUGGCAAGUAGGUACAGUAGGUUUCAUCAUACCUUCAAAUUCUGCAAACUUAAGAAAUUCCUUCCAAACCAAAACCACAUUAUUUCAUGGAACCACACAUUUCAUGCUGUGGGCCAGAAACAAAUCAGUUGCAGGUACCUUAAUGCAGUGGUUUCCAAAUGGGGUUCGGGACCCCAUGUUGGGUCCUAAGAUAAGUCUAAAUGGUCAUAAAAUAAUUAAAAGGACACACAUUUUUCUCUGAUGUUUCUAUAUUUUCCUGUCUUUGAUACAUAUACUUCUCCAGACCUCUACAAACACAAGCCAAACAAUGGUUGGUAGCCUGCUGGACUGUUUCUGACAGCGUGGAUCACACCUCUUUGUUCUGUCCGAACAGGGAGAAUCAAUGACCCAUGACACUUAAAUUAGAGUCUCAGAAAGUGUUGUAUUCUCAUAGAAACUGGAUGUAGUAGCUAAAAUGUUUGGUCAAUUAUUCCUGGACAUAAAACAUUAUUUUCAAGAUGAUCCCCUUAAUGUGGAAGUUGGGGGCUACUUUUAAGUGUGAGAUAAUUGAUGAAUCCAGUCUCUGGUGUACAGGCUGAUGAUGAUGAUGAUGAUGAUGAUGAUGAUGAUGAGAUGCACUUUGGCAUCUUUAUAUGAUGUCUGAAUUACAGGGUUUAACUGGUAUUGGGUUA